AUGCAAAGGGAUAUUCACUAUCGGAAAGCUAAAACAGAAGGAUAUCGGGCUAGAAGUGCUUAUAAAUUGAUGGAGAUUUUAGAGGAGUACCCGGUUUUGAAAAGAGCCCGGGGGGUGGUUGAUUUAUGUGCUGCACCGGGAAGUUGGAGUCAAGUAGUGGCUAGUCAAACGGAUAACUGCCGGAUUCUAGCAAUUGAUAUUCAAGAAAUGGAACCAAUUCAAGGUGUUGAGGUGAUUAAAGGAGAUAUUACAACAGAAGAGACUGUGCAGAUGAUCUUAUCACGAUUUCCAGACAAAGUAGAUCUUAUUCUUUGUGAUGGAGCUCCGGAAGUAACGGGUUUGCAUGAUUUAGAUGAAUAUUUUCAAGCUUCACUAAUUGGGGCAUCUUUAGGGAUUUGUCGACGAGUUUUAGCAGCUGAUGGAGUCUUUAUUACGAAAGUAUUUACAGGUGAAUCACCGGCUGAACUAGUUGCUGAUUUAGAAGAAGUCUUUGCCGAAGUGGAAAUUGUGAAACCGAAAAGUAGUCGUAUCAAAAGCAAAGAGGCAUUUGCUAUCUGCAAAGGUCUGGGUAAGGGUAGGUCCAAUUCUUUUUAA